CAGUGGAGCGCAGCAACAGAGUGGUGCAGGAGAAGCUGAGGUGCUGGCUGUCAGAAAACCCUGGCUGCAAAUGGCCUGAGGGCCUCCGAUUUGUUCAGUGGGCGAUGAACACGCAGGUCCACGAGGGAAUCAAAAGGACCCCUUUCGAAGCGACCUUUGGACAGAAACCUCAUCUCGGACUUCGCGACUCCAAAAUUCCCAGGAGCAUCGCAAAAACCCUGAGAACUCAGCAGGAGCUCGAAGAUCUCGCAGCAGCAGGACCGUCUCGUCGCGACGACUCACCGCCAGUCAGUGGGGACUGCCCGUCGGUCAGCAGGCCGCUGACCUCGCCGACUGCAGCGAGGCAGCCACCACCGGGAACAGGUUCGCCGUCAUCGUCUCCGUCAUCGUCUCCGUCAUCGUCUCCGUCAUGGUCUCCGUCAUCGUCGCCGGUCAGGGAGUCGCUGCCACCGUCGCCGGUCAGGGAGUCGCUGCCACCGUCACCGGACAGGGGAUCGCCGCCACCGUCACCGGACAGGGGAUCGCCGCCACCGUCACCGGACAGGGGAUCGCCGCCACCUCCACCGGACAGGGAGUCGCUCCCACCGUCACCGGACAGGGAGUCGCUCCCACCGCCACCGGACAGGGAGUCGCUGCCCCAGCCGCCGGACAGGGAGUCGCUGCCCCAGCCGCCGGACAGGGAGUCGCUCCCACCGUCAACGGGAAGGGGAUCGCCGUCGCCGUCACAGUCACCGAACAGGAGGUCGCCGUCAUCUCAGCCCACGCAUCAUCCAACGUCUGGCUCGGCUGAGCCGCAGCCAGGACCUAGCGGCCUGCAAUGUGUCUCCUGUGGGCUGCGGGUACAGCAGGGGGACAGCUCCUGCAGGCUCUGUCAAAAAGCAAAGUCAGCGAAACGUCACCGCAGAGAGGCAUCAGCAGCGCAACAGCAGCAGGCGGCCAAGAUGCUGCGUAGAUCGCGGCAGUCUCGCCUCCUUGUCGGCCAAACCGUGAGGCUCGGCAUACCCGACGUAGACCGUGCCAGGAACCAGCCACCAAACAUUUUGGCAAUUAUAACUGAGGUUCGCGAAGACGGAUACACCUUGGGUACAGAGUACGGUCGCCUUUCCGGAGUUUACAGUCGUGCGUCACUCACUCCAUCAGACGUCGACUUUCUCACGCCAGAGUUCAUCCCGGAUGGCGAACCGGUGACAUUGAGGGAGGCAGCGCGGCGUGCGUCGGGGGGCACCGGUCAAGGGAUACUCAAGUGCACCUGCAAACGUGUGUGUCGUGGGCGCUGCAAAUGUGUCAGCAGCGGACGGAUGUGCUCCUCGCGUUGUCACAAGAGCAGAACGUGCAAUAAUAAGUAAAAAAAAAAA